AUGUUUGUCACGCGCGCGUUAAAAUACCGUGUGCCGCUCGUGUUCGCACAAUCUCGCCUGAUCUUCAGGUCCAAAAUUUCUGAAUCUGUUGCGUCGAUGAUCAAAAUGUCGACUGAACGUGUGGAAAGGCGAUGUGAUGAUAUAAUAAAACACGAAUAUGACAACCGAUUAUACAGAGGUUUAGUACUCACUAAUAAAAUGAAAGUUCUUUUAAUAAGCGAUCCAGUAACUAUUAAAAGCGCUGUUGCAAUGGACAUUGACGUCGGCUUUAUGUGCGAUCCAGAUGAUCUACCUGGAUUAGCGCACUUUUGCGAGCGAACGUUGUUCCUAGGAACGAAAAAAUAUCCUCAACAGAAUGAUUAUAUUCUAUUUCUGUUACAAAAUGGUGGUACGUGGACAUCAACUUCAGAUUUUGAUUACACCUCCUAUUAUUUCGAUGUAUCUCCUGAGAAGUUAGAAGGGGCUUUAGAUCGCUUUGCUCAAUUUUUCAUGGCGCCUCUCUUUACGGAAAACUUGAUUGAGCGAGAACUAAAUGCCAUAAAUUCAGAAUACGAGAAAUAUUUAUCGGAUGAUUCGAGGCGAUUUGGGCAAUUACAUAGAUCAUCUGUGUGCUCAGAUCAUCCCUUUUCAAAAUUCGGCGUAGGGAAUAGAGAAACAUUAAGCACAAUACCGAAACAAAAGGGCAUUAAUGUUCGAAAUAAACUACUAGAAUUUUAUGAAAAAUAUUAUUCUGCAAAUAUUAUGUCACUGUCUGUUCUUGGCAAAGAGAGUUUAGAUGAACUCGAAAAUAUGGUAGUGAAUCUGUUUUGUGAUGUACGAAACAAGGAAAUUAAAGUUCCAAUAUGGUCUGAACAUCCAUUCAAGAAUGAACAUUUUCGUACUAUGUGGUACAUUGUUCCGGUAAAAGAUAUAAGACACUUACACAUUUCGUUUCUUUUACCAGACCUGCGUCAACAUUACCGGUCGAAGCCUACAUUUUACGUUACUCAUUUGCUUGGACAACAAGGAAAAGGCUCAAUAUUAUCGGCCCUGAAAGCUAAGGGAUGGUGUAUCUCGUUAGCAUGCGAAUUACUUUAUGUGGUCAGAGGCUUCAGUAUUAUGAAUAUCCGUGUCAAUUUGACCGAAGAAGGUAUUAAGCAUAUCGAAGAUAUUGUUCUAAUGGUGUUUCAAUAUAUCAAUAUGCUUAACUCGAAAGGACCAAUCAAAUGGAUCUACGAAGAAUAUAGAAAUAUUGACAAUAUGAACCGCCGUUUUAAAGGAAACAUAUCGCCUCAUGAUCACGUGAAAUUUACAGCUCGAGCGUUGCAAAAUUAUCCUAUGAAUGAAAUUUUGUGCACGCACAUUGAUUGGCGGCCGGACGUAAUCGAGGAAAUAAUGAAAUAUUUGACGCCGCAAAAUGUUAGGAUUCACAUAACUGCAAAAGAAUUUGAAAAUAUAACUAAUGAAAUUGAAUGUUGGUAUGGCACUAAGUAUAAGAAAGUGAAGGUAUCCAAGAAAAUAAUGAACAAGUGGAACUCCCAUCUCUUUAACGACGCCAUGAAAUUACCUCCCAAGAAUAUAUAUAUACCAUCUACAUUUGAUAUCAAACCACUAACUAACGUUGAAAAGUUUCCCAUUAUUUUGAGGAACACACCAUUUGUAAGACUUUGGUAUAAACAGGACAAUGAAUUUCUUGUGCCUACAGCAAGCAUGAACUUCCUUUUCUCUAGCCCAUUUGCCUGUCAGAAUCCAGUUUGUUUCAGUUACACUUAUAUAUUUCUUAAGCUAUUGCAUGAUUCUCUUAAUGGAUAUAUGUAUGCUGCUGAUUUAGCUGGUUUACAAUGCGAAUUUGGUUUUCAUUAUUUUGGAAUAACUCUCUCUAUAGAUGGUUAUUAUAACGAACAACAUGUAAUGUUAGAAAAAAUUAUAGAUCGAAUGAUAAAUUUUAAGACUGGUCAGAAGAGAUUUGAAAUCCGAAAGGAAAAGUAUAUCAGGAGCUUAAAAAAUUUCGCUGUUGAAGACCCUUAUACAUUUGCUAUCAAAUAUCUUACAACCAUAUUAACAAAGCAAAGUUGGCUCCACGAUGAAUUAGUGGAAGCUUCUACCCAUUUAAAUGUCAAGGCAUUCCGGCAAUUUGUACCACAUCUACUCAGUAAGGUGCACGUCGAGUGCUUAAUAUAUGGUAAUGUGACUGUAACGGAAGCUACACAUAUACAAAAUAUAAUUGAGUCUAAGUUGACAACUGGGGUAGUCGACAUAGAACCAUUCUUAGAACGGGAACAAGUAAUGCCCCGUGAAAUUAAACUAGAAAAUGGUUGCCAUUUCCUGUUUGAAGCAGAAAAUAAUGUCCAUAAGUAUUCUUGUAUAGCGGUAUAUUAUCCAACUGGUUUACAAUCAACAGAGUCGAAUAUGCUCUUAGAGCUCUUAGCGCAAAUUAUCACGGGACCUUGCUACGAUACUUUAAGAAAGGAGCAGUUAGGAUAUGAAGUAUUUUGUGGUCCACAUAAAACGAGUGGAAGGCAAGGCUUACGAAUCAUUUUUAAAAGUGAUAAACACCCGCAAUAUGUUGAAAAACGAAUCAAUUUAUUUUUAGACUCCAUGUUGAAUCACAUAUCUACCAUGACAGAAGAGCAAUUUGAAGAAAACAAGAAAGCUUUAGCUACAUUAUGUUUGGGAAAAUUAGAAGUAUUAGAUACAAGGUGUGACUUGUAUUGGAAUGAGAUUCUGACGCAACAAUAUAACUUCGAUCGUGUCAAUAUUGAAGUGGCUUACUUAAAGACGAUAUCACGGCAGCAGUUACUUAAAUUCUUUAAGGAAAAUGUACAUAGUAAGGAUCGACCUAAAUUGUCAAUACAUUUGGUCUCCACGGUGUCAUCAGAAAAGAGUUCACCUACCACAAUCGAAAAAACUGCCGAUUUAUCAACUAAUGAAAAAGUUAAGAAAAUCAACGAUAUAUGGUCAUUUAAAAAUAGUCAAUCUUUGUAUCCUCUAAUUAAACCGCUUGAAAAAAUAUUUUCUCAGGAAUAGCGUACGCUCUUCUAAGUUAUAAAAAAAGUGACGAGGUAAUAGUGAAUUAAGAGAAUGAAUUUAUUUACGCAUAAUUUUAGAAAACACUUGAC